AUGCUGAUAGCAUUGCCCAGGUACAGACAUUUUAGUGCGAGACUCCAGAGAAUAUUCUCAACAAAGCCAAGAAUAUCCAUGCCAUUCUUCACUCAAUACCGUGUUCAGCUUUUACACAUAAAAGUAGGAGACAAAGCUGAAAUAAUUAAGACAUUCACAUCAAAGGAUAUUUUUAUCUUUUCUGAAUUAACGGGGGACACAAACCCAUUACAUUUGGAUGAAGAAUAUGCAAAGAGAUCAAGGUUCGGGAGAACAGUUGUACAUGGUGUUUUAAUCAAUGGACUUAUUUCAGCUGUCCUGGGUACGAAAAUGCCUGGGCCUGGUUGUAUCUUCCUUUCUCAGGAAAUUAAUUUUCCAUCUCCUUUAUAUGUUGGAGAAGAGGUCUUGGCUUCAGCAGAAGUGAAGAAACUGAAGAGAUGUCUUGCUUAUGUUGCAGUGUCAUGUACAGUUGCCCAAAGUGGCAAAAUUGUCAUGGAGGGUAUUGUUAAAGUCAUGGUACCUGAAGAUCAGAAAUCUGAGACCUGAUUGUAUGAUGUAUCCUAUUGGUAGCAGAGGUUACAACAGGAUGUACUUUUAGUUGUAAUCAACUAAUUAUCUAAGUCUAUGAGGAAUUUGAAACAAUUUAAUUCCAACAUUUUGAUGUUGAUCUCUGAUUUAAAAGAUUGGUUUGCCUUUUAUCAAUGUGAUGGUUGUUGGUGAGAUAGAAUGAGAGUUUUACAAGAAUGCUGAGGUAGAAAUUAAAAUCAGCAUGCCAAGUGCUUUGAAUCGUUUAAUUUGGGCUUAUGUACUGGACAGAUUUCAGGAUUCUUACGUUGAGUUUGACCAGUGACUCACUAGCUCUGCAUUCUGUCAAUAAAUAAUAGCCAGUUAGGUGACAGUUUUAUAGCUUAGGCAGUUUGUACAAUCCAUCCUCUGAUCAUCUGUAAACUAGAAGUAUGUUGUAGAUCUAUCCUCUUUGUUCAUUCUUUUAUUUCCUCCCACAUAAGUCAUUUAUAUAAAUAUGUUUGAUAUCCUGUAUUUAUGAACAAAGUAUAAGUUGAUAAAUAAGAUUAAGAACUUAAUGUUAGUUCCUCAAAUUCUCUUCCUGAAAAAUCAGUACAAGCCUGGUAUUCCCCCUACACAAAGUAAUGCUUGACUUCUCAGGAAUUUCCUUAUUCUCAACUACAGCUUUUAUCUCCCUUCUCUAUUAACUUUCCUAAGUGAUGGUAAAAUAAACUUGUACUGUUGCUCUUAAUAACCUUGGCAACUUUAUGUUAUAUAUAAACUACAUUUGAUUAUACUGUG